UCGCUCCUUCCAUAAAAACCUUCACUACUGUCUCCGUCCUCAAAAGUUCAAACCUCACCCGAUAAUCUGAGAUCUAUCCCUUUGUCUUCAACGCCGGCAUGUUCAGAACAUUAUCAGGGGAGUUCAAAUUCACGAGCUUCAUCAGUGAUGCGCUGAAAAAGAAAAGCAGAUUCUAUGCAACGGUUGGUGGAAGAAGGCUUGAGGGAAAAGUGGCUGUCAUAACUGGGUCCGCAAGUGGGCUUGGCAAGGCUUCGGCCCAUGAAUUUAUCCAACAUGGGGCCCAAGUCAUAAUUGCCGAUAAAGACACUCUUAUUGGGCCACAAGUUGCCAAAGAAUUAGGCCCAUCAGCCCAAUUUGUGGAGUGCGACGUUACCAGUGAGGCCCAAGUUGCUGAAGCUGUAAACGCUGCCGUAGACCGCCACGGAAAACUCGACAUAAUGUACAACAAUGCCGGAAUAACAGGCCCAACAUUCCCGUACAGCAUCGCUGAACUGAACCUCGAUGACUUUGACCACGUCAUGCGGAUCAACCUCCGAGGCACAAUCGCAGGUAUAAAGCAUGCGGCUCGGGUCAUGGUACCCACGGGCUCAGGAUCCAUUCUGUGUACAUCAAGCAUAAGUGGGAUUUUGGGCGGGCUCGGGCCUUACCCAUACUCAGUUUCCAAAUUUACGGUACAGGGGAUAGUGAAGUUUGCGGCCAGUGAGCUGUGUCGAUCUGGGAUCAGAAUUAAUUGCAUAUCUCCGGCUCCAAUUCCUACACCGAUGGCGUUGGAGCAGAUAGGUCAGCUUUACCCGGGUUUGACCCGAGAGCAGGUAACCGAGAUUGUGAAUGGGCUCGGCGAGCUACAAGGUGCGAAGUGUGAAGAAAUAGAUGUGGCCCGGGCCGCCUUGUACUUGGCCUCCGAUGAUGCAAAAUACAUCACAGGGCAAAACCUUGUGGUAGAUGGAGGGUUUACCAGCUUUAAAAAUCUUAAGUUCCCUUCGCCUGAUCAACUGGCCUAGUUCCUAUAGCUUAUUUGUGUUAUGUAGUGUCAAAUAUUGUUGAUCUGUGAAUUCACUGUGAGCAAUUUCUUGAUUUUCUGUUUCAUUGUCUCUAUUUUGCACCUAUAGUCUUGAUAUUCGCACACAGCAGGUACCUAUUUUGCUUUUCGCUAUUGAAAGGCAAAACAUUAAUGAUGUAAAGUCAAAAGGACAUAACGCGAUCCAAUACUGAAUCUUAUGUGGUAUAUGUGAAGCUGACAGAGAUAUGGAUGAGCCAUAGACAUGGUUCUGCAAAAUACAGGUCUGGAGUGGACCAAGGCACUGACACAGGGAGACAAAAACAAGCUGGAGCUGGCCUGCCAUUUCUUUUCCCUGGGCAUGCGUGUUUUUUAAUUCAUAAAAAGGGUUGACAUCAGGCCGCAUGUGGAAGCAAACUAUUUAUGAACCUUCCCACCCAGCAUCGGAAAUCUUACAUGGCUAACUUGCUUGUUCAAGAGAGCCUUCAAGCCUCUCUCUAUCAAUGCCACUUACAUAGUACACGCCGAAAUUGUGGGGAGCUCUUUUUCAUUAUCGUCUUCUUUGCCGCACUAUUUGCUUCUCCUGUAUAAAAGAGCAUCAGUAAUAUAUGGAACAGAAUGGGGCUGAGGAGCACAGUUCCACCGUUAAAGGCUUUCAUAGAAAUCUCCAAAAUUGGAGCGAGAAGGCCACGGCUUCAAUGAUACAUUACUGGGCCAUGAAACUAUUAAUGCUCUCUUGUCCCAUUGUUUCGUCUGGAUUCGA